AUGUCUUCUAUGUUUUUCAUUGUUUUCUUGAUAAUUCAAUGUGGUACAAAGAAGAAGAGUAAGAAGAAUAAAAGUGAGAGUUCGGAAUCUGAUGAUGACGAUGAUGAUGAGGAUUCGGAAGCCGAACGAAGAAGAAGAAAACGGGCGGCCGAGAAGAAAAAGAAGCGAAGAGCGAAGAAGCAAGCAGCAAAACUGGCAGCUCAGAAGGAGGCUCAACAAGUCCCGAAACCACCAAAAAACAUGGCGGCACUUGCUGCAACUCAUGACCCAAAUUAUCAGACACUCGCUGGAUUGAAUAAUGAUUUGGUAUUUGGAGAUCAAGCUGGAGCAAAUGGAAUGGCUGGAAAUCAAGGACCAAAAGCCCCGCCUCCUGGUUCCAAUCCAGGGAUGGUUGGUACUCAUGAUCCAAAUUAUCAGACUCUCGCCGGAUUGAACAAUGAUUUGGUAUUUGGUGGUGGAGGUGCCGGAGGAGGUCCUCUUCCUCCGAAACCACCAGCAGUUGGAGGAAAAGCUGGAACUAAUGAUCCGAAUUAUCAGACAUUGGUUGGACUCAAUAAUAAUGAUAUUUUCAAAGAGAAAGGGCAAUUUGCACAGAAACCGCCAGUUAAUGGAGGAAAGGUGGCAGGGAAUGAUUAUCAGAACAACUACAAAAACAAUUGUCCUAAACAGCCAGUAAUGAAGAAUGUGAAAGCAGGCACGAAUGAUCCGAACUAUCAAACGCUUGCUGGGUUGAAUCAAGACAUUUUUGGAGCCGACAAGAAGAAAAAAUUCUGA